ACUUCUAGAUAUAACAACCAUACAUCUUGAAUUCAGUUGCUGUGGUCUGGAAAACGAUGUUUGUGCCACAUUAAUUUAUUUUUUCUGCUGUGUUUCUUUUUUCCCAGUGUCCCAAUGUAAUAUCAGCUUGAAAAAGCAGAGGAGUCGAAGUAUCUUUAGCACCUUAUUCUGCUGCUUUCGUGACUACAAUGUCGAGCCACCAUCCACCAACAGCACCAGUGCUCUGCCUCCUUUGGUGGAGGAGAAUGGAGGACUUCAGAAGGGUGACCAGAUGCAGGUCAUGCCUAUACCAAGUGGAAUAUACUAUUUCCACGGGACUGAAGCAGUGCAGCAGUCGUUUCACUACAAGCCACCAGCUAAAUACCUCCUGCCAGAACUGACAGCAUCAGACUAUGGGAAGAAGUGUGUGGUCAUUGAUUUAGAUGAAACUUUAGUGCACAGUUCAUUUAAGCCAAUUAGCAAUGCUGAUUUCAUCGUUCCUGUUGAAAUAGACGGAACCAUACAUCAGGUUUAUGURUUGAAACGACCACACGUGGACGAGUUUCUUCAGAGGAUGGGAGAGCUCUUUGAAUGUGUACUCUUCACAGCCAGUCUAGCCAAGUAUGCAGACCCAGUAGCCGACUUACUGGAUCGCUGGGGUGUGUUCAGGGCAAGGCUCUUUAGAGAAUCCUGUGUUUUCCACCGAGGGAAUUACGUGAAGGAUCUGAGUCGACUGGGCCGUGAGCUGAGUAAAGUUAUUAUAGUAGAUAAUUCUCCUGCAUCUUACAUCUUCCAUCCUGAAAAUGCAGUGCCUGUGCAGUCCUGGUUUGAUGACAUGACAGACACAGAGCUGCUAGAUCUUAUUCCUUUCUUUGAAGGACUAAGCAAAGAGGAAGAAGUUUACAGUAUGCUUCAUAAACUCUGCAACAGGUAGCCCUUAACUCUGACUGACUCCUGCUCCUAGAUUGCAGUUGCUAGAGGCUGUCUCCAUCUCUUUCAGCUCUUUCAAAUGUAAGCUUUGGGGAGGUCACCCCUGUCAGAAGUGCUACUCUUGAUCUUCCUGUUACAUUGGACACGAAGGACAAUCAUGAGUGAUGCUAUUAAGCCUUCAGAAGCCUGACUCCUAAGGUCAUGUGUUCAGACUACUUUUUUAAAGGAAAAAAAAAAAAAAGCUAUUUUAAAUGGGACUCUUUUAAUUAAUUUCAUAAAUGGACAUCUUUUACUGGAUCAGCUUUUCUUAAAACAUGCCAAAAAAAGAAGCUUGUAUUUCAGCAGUUGAAUUUCUCUCCCUUUCUUCCCCUCCCACUAUGCAGACAAUUUUACCCCCCUGCUUAGAGCAGUUGACCUGACUCUGAAUUUUUUCUUACAGAAUGAAGUGCCUUUUUGAAUGUUAUUUUAAGAUAAAAAUUCAUUUUUGUAUAAGACGUAUUUCCAGACAUCUUUUAGUCUUGUAUUGUCUAAAUGCUUUAAAAGGAAAAAGGAAAAAAAUUUUAUAGAGCACUGUAAUAUAUAACAAAGGAAAAAGUUGAAACCAAGAUGCUGGGUUCCUGUCUCCACGAUGACAUUAAGUUGUGUUACACUUUGUCACGCUCGAAGGUUCAGGCGUUCGUGGGAGGGGUGAAUUGGGUUCAUUACGUGGUUGUUUCACUGAUGAUGAUGAUUUUGGGCACAGUUUAAAAACAUAUCUGCAGUUGUUUGAGCAUUUAGGGAGUGAUGGAGUUGAGAAAACAAGGUGGCUGAUAGACCUGAAGCACCUUUAACUCUAGACAGAUGAAGUUCUGCUGUCUCUGCUUACGCACAACUGCCAUGCCUCUUCUUUUUUGGAAAACCAUUAUCUUGGGAGAACGGCGAGGAGAUCUAUUUAUUAGUUUGAGAUUCUUUUCUUCAAACSACCCAUCUGGGUAAGCUGGAUCUGUAUUGAGCUGUUUGGAGUACUUUUUUCUUUUAAUUGCUGCUACUGUAUACUCACCAAAUGGAGUUGACCAUCGGCUGUUAUACUGUUUUUGCCACUGUGCCUGUGCUAUGAGACAUUUUCUGUAAGCUGCAAACUCGGGCAAUAAAUAAAAUGCAGGCUUCAUGACCCUMCCCCCAUGGAUUAAUCCAUUGGUAACUGAUGUACCAGAGAAUUCAGUUAAAGGUGACCUGUAAAGGAGAUUUUUUUUUUUCAAUUAGGAUGAAACCUUCUCCUUUCUUUGAUAUAUAAAAAUGCAGAAAGUAUUUUGCCUACACCUUUGAUUUGUAUUUCUUUUUCCCCAAGGUGUAAGGUGCAGAUUAGGAGCUGUAUCUUGUMGAAGGGCAGAAGUUACUAGGCUAAACUAAAGUCAGUCCUCUGGCUUUGGAGUUGACUUAGACUCAUCUCUGAAUCUGAGAACCUGCUUAACAUSUUCUGCAGUGCCAUAGGUACCCCUUCAGAUGAAUGAUUUUUGAAUAUUUCAUGCCUUUGAAGAACAAGGUACAGCUUUUUUUUUGCCUUUCCAGCGUCACCUUUCAGUUAUUGUCCACAGCAGAACUCUGCAAAUAUAAAAAAUGCAGCUGUGUUUGGCUGUCAUCAGAGAAGACUAAAUGGAGUAUUUGGUGCUUCUAAUUAGCCUCGUGCUAAAUUCUGAAUUGUAGACCCCCUUUGCCUUUUCUCUUUUUCUCAAAAAGCCCUGAUGGCUUGGGAAAGAAAAAAAAAAACCAACAAAUUUCUUUGCGAUGGACUUGGCUUGUGAUCCUUGUCUCCAAAACAUUGGUGAAGCAGCUUAACAAAUCCAUCAGAGAAGGGCAGGCCAGUCUACACAGGCAGCGAGUGGGUUGUCGUGGUGCAGUGUGAAGCUGAGCCCCCCUCGCAGUGCAGCUGUGCUCCAGCUGUGCUCCAGCUGUGGCUGGGCCCAGGGGUGCUGGAGGCAGUCCCGUCACACCCRUGAGUCUGUAACGGCAUCACCCUUUUGUUUCUUAACCAGCUGGCAUUACCUUAGUACUGUAUCAAUCUGUGCCACAACAAAAAGACAAACUCAUUGAGUUUAAUGUUUAAAAAUAUUAAAAAAAAAAGCCUUCUUUGUUUAAAAAUAUAAAGGAAAAAAACAACAGGAAAAAAAAAAAAAAGACGUAUGGAUUCUGGUUAGUCCAUUAACGUUUACUUUCAGUUUAAGAUUGUUUAAUUUUGUAUUUGACUCCAGAGUAAUGAAACUGUAAGCUGCCAAAAAAAAAAAAAAAAGUUGUUCUCUGAGCAGUAUUUUCARCUGUGCCUGUGGCUCCUGGGCCCCAGGUGCAGUUUGCAGGGAAGUAUUCAGGUUGUAGUUAGUCGUGCAGGUAUGAGAGGAAUGGCUGAGGAAAUUCAAAGACUUUUUCUCGUUAGCGUUAGACCAAACAGUCAGACAAUGAAUAACCCACUGAGACAGGGCCGGGUGACAGUUGGGACCUGUUGACGUGAGACAAAYCGUGUCACCAGUUUGCAUCUCUGAAAGCAGCGAUUUCAUGAACCAGUUGCCUUAAGUCUGUGAAUGAAUGUUGAUAUUAUUAUUAAAGUGUCUUGUAUUGUUUUGAAAUCCACAUAGAAUGGGCAACUGAACUUCUGCACCAGCCUCUGGAGGGACGGUUCUGAUGAUGUUCUGUACAACCAUACUUGUACUGUAUUAUUUUGGCUCUUAAAAUGCCCAAAUACAAAAMCCCCCAAACUUACUGUAAUUAAUACAGCAUUAAAAUGACACUUGGUGACAAUACAAAGACAGCAAACUUACCACAGCUUUGAUCUCUGUUAGUAUGAAGAGUAUUUUCUCUAAGUUCUGAUCGAAUCUAUUUUUUUAACCCACACAACUCCUAUGGAAAUAAAACUCAGAGUGCUCUGCAAUCAGGUUUGGACUCCCCUGGGUAUUCAGAUUUGGCCAAAGGGAUCAAACUGUCACGGUUGUUUAUUUUGACACUAUCAUCAUACUUGAAAUUUCAAAUGUUGAGUUUGCGUGGAUAUGCAUACGCUAUAUAUUUAGAGUUUCUAGAUUCUAACGAAGCAAUAGAGUUCUGUCCAUAAAGUCAGAAAACUAGUGGAAUGUUUGUAAAAUUUGCAAUACGGGUAUUUGAUUGUAUUUUAAAUACAAGAUUUAAAAAAAAAAAAAUCAAAUAGGAAAAGAAAAAAUAUUUGUUUCCUAAAUCUCUUGCAUAUUUUGAAGUGCAGUUAGUGCAUGCAGGUCACCAGGGCUGUUACAAACCCUGGGUUUCACUUCUAUUUCUGGAUAUUAUAGAAGUAUUAAAAAGCCUUUCCCAGUUGGUCAUUCUGAAGAGAUGCUGCCUGGCCUGAAGUUCUGUUGUCCUUUUUAUGUUGGGUUAAAAAACGGUUUUUUGCCUGUAUAGGUAUUUUUAAAUUAAGCUGUAAGGCAGAAUGCCUUAGACCCUUGAAAUCCAAGUGAAGUGUUAACAAUGGGAUUGCCAUUUGUAACCUUAGGGCUGUGCGCAGAAUCCUUGUUCACCACCAGGAAGCGUGGCAGGCUCGGGAUGGGAGAUGGUAGCAAAUGUACAAUAUUGCUGUGUUCAUUUAGGUAGCUUUGGAAGAAUUAUUUUGUCUCUUUGUUUUUGCCCUUUUGAUCUUUAUUAAAAACAGCAGAAGUUAUACAUUGGAAGAAACUCAACACCUGGAGACGUUUUGGUUGUCGGUGUACGCAGUCACUUUUCUUACAGCAUGAUUUUGAUUAGACUGGUUGGGGACAAUAAAGUAUCUAAAUGACCAUGGUGUGUGCUGAUGUUGCAGCUUUUGAAAUUUCAGUGAAAAAAAAAAGAAUCUGUAGCUCUGUGACUUCCGAAGGCGUAACCCUCUGUUGGACAGAUUGUUUUUAACCUAAUAAACCACAGUUUCGCACA